AUGCAGAUCCCCCUCCUCGCCACUUUUACUUGCGCGGCCCAGUUAGCGGGCAUGGUGACGAUCAGCGGGCCCGGCGCGUCGGGAUGGGUCCACUUGCAGCAGAACGGGCACAAGAUGAGGGUGACUGGCGAGAUCCGCGGCCUCAACCCGAACCAGGAACACGGCUUCCACAUCCACGAGUUCGGCGACCUCAGCGACGGCUGCAUGUCCACUGGCGCGCAUUACAAUCCCUUCGGGCACGACCACGGUGCGCCGUCGGAUAAGAAUCGGCACAUCGGCGAUCUUGGGAAUGUCAAGGCGGACGAGAAUGGUGUAGCGAGAAUCGAUAUUAAGGAUUGCGUGGCGCGGCUCUGUGGAGAACACAGCGUCAUGGGCCGUGCGGUGGUCGUGCAUUAUGGCACGGACGAUCUUGGGCGGGGAGGGCACGACGACUCGAAGAAGACGGGCCAUGCGGGUGGCCGGGCAGGAUGUGGUGUCAUCGCCUACGCGCCGCUGCGCUUGCUCGAUUAA